GGAAGUUUAUUCCAUCACUGUUUGUAUAAUGCCAGAGCCAUAUGUAUAAUGCUAAUGAAUUGUGAUGUGUUUUGGUUGAUAGUUUUAGGUCUUCGACGCGUAUUUUCAGCUACUUUGACGUGUCGUCGUGGUAUGUGACUAUUCUAGAGAGAUUCCGGUUGCAAUGCAGAUCCUUACGCCUCACGUUUACUGGGCUCAGCGGCACGGAGAGAUUUAUCUCCGGGUGGAGCUGAGCGACGCCAAGAAUCUUGAAGUUAAUCUCCAAGACAACACAAUUGAGUUUAGAGCACAAGGCCAUGGAGCUAAAGGAGAUAAUGAAUACACGUUUAGUUUGGAGUUCUUGGAAACCAUCAGACCUGAGAUUGAACAUAAAUCAACAGAGCGUCAAGUAGACAUCAAAAUCAAAAAGCAGGAAGAGCGCUGGUGGGACCGUCUGACAUUGCAAGAGAAGAAGCCUCUCUUUUUGGCUCCUGACUUCAACCGCUGGCUGGAUGAGUCUGAUGCUGAGAUGGAGCUUCAGGCUAAGGAGGAAGAAAGGAUAAACGAGAUAAAUGUGGAGUCGAGAGUUCGUAAAGACCCCUAUCUAGGCCUGAAGAAAGGCUACUUAUUCAUGUACAAUCUGGUGCAAUUCCUUGGAUUCUCCUGGAUCUUUGUCAACAUGACCGUCCGACUUUUCCUUCUUGGUCAAGAAUCAUUCUAUGAUACCUUCCACACAACAGCUGAUGUGAUGUACUUCUGUCAGAUGAUGGCUGUGCUGGAGGUGAUCAACCCCUUGUUAGGCUUAGUCAAGACUGGCUUUUUCCCAGCCAUGAUACAGGUAGCAGGGAGGAAUGUCAUUUUAUUUGUCAUCUUUGGCUGCUUAGAAAAGAUGCAGAACAAACCAGUUGUCUUCUUUGUGUUCUACCUGUGGAGCACCAUUGAAAUCUUCAGGUACCCUUUCUACAUGCUGGCCUGCAUUGGAACCGAGUGGAAGCUGUUGACAUGGCUCAGAUAUAGUCUUUGGAUCCCGUUGUAUCCACUUGGGGUUGUCGCUGAAGCUGUGGCUGUGAUCCAGUCCCUCCCCAUAUUUGAUGAGACACGUCUGUUCAGCCUCCCCCUACCUGUGCUGCUGGGGCACUACUUGAGCUUUUCAUAUGUUCUGCAGCUCUACUUGGUUCUCAUGUUUCUUGGACUCUUCAUCAAUUUUCAAUAUUUAUACAAGCAGAGGAGGAGACGUUACCGAUCAAGAAAAAGAAAAGUUCACUAAUGGAACAGGAUGAAACAUUUUGAGUCACAUCAUGCUUUUUUAUUCUUCUUUUCUUUAACACUCUCAUUGCCUUUUCCUUGAAAUACAUACUAGUGUUGCACUGAUACAAUCCCCCCCCGAUUCCGAUUGUAAUACCUGGCUGUGUGAUAUCGGCUGACAUCUCAUUUAAAGUGACAGUAGAAGGAUGAUUGGGCACCACACGAUUUGACAUCUACCAUCGUUUUGGGAAGGGUGACAAGUGCGCCUUUAAAAAAUGUUUUUUUAAUUUUUUAUUAACCAAGGUGUGCGUAAAUGGAGGCCAUCUUGGUUGGGGCCACCGGCGACAAGAGUGCAUAUUGAAGAGUACAUAUUGUGCAGCAUCAGAAUGUUAUUUCUUAGUACUCCUUGAAACCAAUAACCUAAUUUCAGUAUCGGUGCAACGCUAUUGCAUACUGGUUACUUUAUGCCCCUCAUGCCUGUGCUUCUAUUUAAUAUUCACCUCAACAGUUGAUUGUUUGACUGGUUCAUGUUUUAUUGUAUUUUAUUAGAGUAAAGAUGAAACUGUAGUAGUAUUUACAUAGUUCUCAGAAAUGCUUCACCCAAUGUGCUGAUCCCCUGGGGAAAAAAAAACAAAAAAAAAACAUAAUAGUACUUAGUUUUCCAAGUAGCACCAAGUAGACUAUUGCAAAAGAUACAUAAGCUAAUUUGGUCCAAGUGUUGAUCAAAAAUUACAUUUUAUUCCUAAAAAAUAUAUAUUUAACAUUGUGCAAAUUUUACAUAAAUGCAUGAAAUUUAAAAGCAAUUUUUACAUUAAAAAUAUUUUAAUAAAAGAUUAAAUGGGAAUAUAUUUGACUUAAAUACUACUGAGCUGUGUGAGAUUUUUUUUCUACCAUCAAAGUGAGCUUGAGUACUACUUAAAGUGGUGGCCAAAAGUAUUGGCACCCCUGCAAUUCUGUCAGAUAAUGCUCAAUUUCUCCCAGAAAAUGAUUGCAAUUAUACAUGCUUUGGUUGUAAUAUCUUAAUUUAUUUUGCUUGCAAUGAAAAUUAAAUCAUGAUCAUUUUACACAAAACUCCAAAAAUGGGCCGGACAAAAGUAUUGGCACCCUCAGCCUAAUACUUGGUAGCACAACCUUUAGACAAAAUAACUGCGAACAACCGCUCCCGGUAUCCAUCAAUGAGUUUCUUACAAUGCUCUGCUGGAAUUUUACACCAUUCUUAUUUGCCAACUGCUCCAGGUCUCUGAGAUUUGAAGGGUGCCUUUUCCAAACUGCCAUUUUCAGAUCUCUCCACAAUUGUUCUAUGGGAUUCAGGUCUGGACUCAUUGCUGGCCACUUUAGAAGUCUCCUGUGCUUUCUCUCAAACCAUUUUCUAGUGCUUUUUGAAGUGUGUUUUGUGUCAUUGUUCUGCUGGAAGACCCAUGACCUCUGAGGGAGACCCAGCUUUUUCACACUGGGCCCUACAUUAUGCUGCAAAAUUUAUUCGUAGUCUUCAGACUUCAUAAUGCCAUGCACACGGUCAAGCAGUCCAGUGCCAGAGGCAACAAAGCAACCCACAAACAUCAGGGUACUUCCACCACGUGCGACUCUCGGGACCGUGUUCUUUUCUUUGAAGACCUCGUUUUUUUUCCCCCCCUGUAAACUCUAUGUUGAUGCCUUUUCCCAAAAAUGUCUACUUUUGACUCAUAUAACAAGUGAACAUUGUUCCAAAACGUUUUUGGCUUUCUCUGGUAAGGUUUGGCAAACUCCAGCCUGGCUUUUUUAUGUCUCUGGGUCAGAAGUGGGGUUUUCCUGGGUAUCCUAUUAUAAAGUCCCUUUUCAUUCAGACGCUGACUGAUAGUACACUGUUGUACCCUCGGACUGCAGGACAGCUAGAACUUGUUUGGAUGUUAGUCAAGGUUCUUUAUCCACCAUCCUCUCAAUUGUUGAAAUCUCUCAUCAAUUUUUCUUUUCCAUCCACAUCUAGAGAGGUUAGCCACAGUGCCAUGGGCUUUACAGUUAUUGAUAACACUGCGCACAUUAGACACAGGAACAUUCAAGUCUUUGGGGGUGGACUUGUAGCCUUGAGAUUGCCCAUGCUUCCUCACAAUUUUGCUUCUCAAGUCGUCAGACAGUACUUUGGUCUUCUUUCUUUUCUCCAUGCUCAAUGUGGUACACACAAGGACACAGGACAGAGGUUGAGGCAACUUUAAUCCAUUUUAACUGGCUGCACGUGUGAAUGUUUUUGCCACCACCUGGUAUGUGCCACAGGUAAGUGACGGGUUCUGUUAAUUACACAAAUUAGAGAAGCAUCACAUGAUUUUUGAAAGGGUGCCAAUACUUUUAUCCGGCCCAUUUUUGGAGUUUUGUGUAUAAUGAUAAUGACUCCC